AUGACUGUCCUAGAGAAGGUUAAUUUAACAACUGGUAUUGGAUGGGGUUCUGGUCCUUGUAUUGGUAAUACUGGUGGAGUCCCAAGAUUAGAUAUCCCUCCGUUAUGUCUUCAAGAUGGCCCUAAUGGCGUUAGAUUUACAGAUUUUGUCACAAGUUUCCCAUCUGGAUUAGCAACUGGUGCUACUUUCAAUAAGGAUUUAAUGCAUCGUAGGGGUAAAGCUAUCGGAAGAGAAGCAAAGGCAAAAGGUGUUCAUAUUUUAUUAGCCCCAACAAUUGGACCAAUUGGUUACAAAGCACAAGGGGGUAGAAAUUGGGAAAGUUUUGGAUCAGAUCCAUAUUUACAAGGUAUUGCAGGGGCCCUAACUGUUCAAGGUAUUCAAGAAGAAGGUGUCGUUGCAGUUGCACGUCACUUUAUUGGUAACGAGCAGGAACAUUUCCGUCAAGAAAACGAAUGGACAGGUGGUGAUUGGGAUAGAUUAACAGACUCUAUUGAUUCUCAAAUUAAAGAUCGUGUCAUGCAUGAAAUCUAUUUAUGGCCUUGGGCUGAUGUUGUUCACGCUGGGGUUGGUGGUGUUAUGUGUUCAUACAAUAGGGUCAACGAAACAUAUGCUUGUGAAAACUCUUAUUUACUUAACUAUCUUUUGAAAGAAGAAUUGGGAUUUCAAGGAUUUGUUGUUAGUGACUGGGGUGCACAACAUUCAGGUGUUGAGUCUGCCUUAGCAGGUUUAGAUAUGACCAUGCCCGGUGAAAUUUUUGGUGAUUGGUGUAGUGGGAAAUCAUAUUGGGGCCCUUUGUUAACCAGAUCUAUUUACAAUGAUACAAUCCCACAAUCUAGAUUAAAUGAUAUGGUAACUAGAAUCCUAGCAGCUUUUUACUCAAUUGAUAUCAAACUACCAAGUGAACAACGCGAGGAAGAUUUACCAAAUUUUAGCUCAUGGAGUUUUCAUACCUACGAUCAGGAAUUUCCAUUCCAGAGUUAUGGACCAAUUAAACAAACAAAUUACCAUAUUGACGCAAGAGAUGACUUUACUGAAAAAACUGCUUUACAAGUUGCUCGUGAGGGUAUUGUUCUUUUGAAAAAUGAUGCACAUCACCUUCCUAUUUGUACCAAUGAUGGGGUGCGUAGACUAUUGGUUGCUGGAAAAGGAGCAGGUCCUGAUACUAAGGGAUUCAAUUCAAAAGAUCAACAAUCUGCGGAUGGUGCAUUGUUUAGUGGUUGGGGUUCUGCUAGCGUCAAUGCCCCUUACGGAAUAACACCUUGGGAAGCAAUUGCUAAAAAAGCUAGAGAACGUGAAAUGGUGAUUGACUAUACAAGUGAUGAAUAUGAGUUUGACCAUGUUGAUGAAAUUGCUGAAUAUGCAGAUAUGUGCAUAGUAUUUGGGUUUGCAGACUCAGGUGAAGGUUAUAUUGAAGUUGACGGAAAUUUUGGUGACAGAAAAAAUCUUACUCUAUGGCAAAACACAGAAGAGUUGAUCCAGCAUAUUGCGAAUAGAUGUCAUAAAACUGUUGUCGUUGUGACUGCCACGGGUCCUGUUAACCUAGAGUCUUUUGUUGACCAUGAGAACGUUGUUGCUGUACUUUACACACCACCUUUAGGUCAGUUUUUCGGUGCUGCAAUUGCAGAUGUUUUAUUUGGUGAUGAUAAUCCAAGUGGUAGAUUACCAUUUACUAUUGCCCGUAAAGAUGACCAAUAUGUUGAUAUCAUUGACAAAAUUCCAUUGAAGGGUAAACCACAAGAUGACUUAAACAGACUUUUAGAUUAUCGUUACUUUGAUGAAAAUGGAAUCAGACCUCGUUAUGAAUUCGGAUUUGGUUUAUCAUACACUAAAUUCUCCUUAUCAGAACUUUCAAUCAAAGAGAUUUUACCUCCAACGACUGAUUUACCUUGUCCUGCUCCAUACUUAGAUGAAUAUGUGUAUGCAGAGGAAAAACUCAAAGACGUCGAUGACGCUUUGUUUCCAUUCAGAGAUUUUACACCUGUUCCAGGGUAUAUAUAUCCUUAUUUGUUCAAUGAGAAAAUUUACAGUGUUGAUGAGUAUGAGUAUCCGGAAGGUUACACAGAGGAAGAUUACUACGAGGAGCCAUUGGCAGGUGGUAGCUUAGGAGGAAAUGAAGCAUUGUGGAAUGUUUUAUACUCGGUGAAGGUUGAAGUCACAAAUAUUGGUGAUAGUGAAGGUGCUUAUGUUGCUCAAUUAUAUAUUGAUUAUCCUAAUGGUUAUGGCGAUAUCAAAACACCUAGACAAUUGAGAGGGUUUGAUAAAGUUUAUGUAAAGCCUGGUGAAACGGCUAAGAUCCACUUUGAUAUAUUAAGAAGAGAUAUCAGUGUUUGGGACACAGAAGACCAAAGUUGGGUUAUUAACCCUGGAACUUAUAAACUUUACGUGGGUUCAAGUAGUAGAAGACUUGAAUUGGCUGGUGAGGUUGAAAUCUUAUAA